AUGGAAUCGGUGGGUUCCGGGUCACAGCGACCCGAACCUGUUAACGGAGACGAUCCGGGUCCGUCCCUUGCCACCGGUGCCGUAGUAACGCCAUCUUCGCCGCCAGCCACGCCAAGCCGGUACGAGUCACAAAAGCGACGUGACUGGAACACGUUCUUGCAAUACCUCAAGAACCACAAGCCGCCUCUCGCGUUGUCACGGUGUAGCGGAGCGCACGUGAUCGAGUUCCUCAAGUACCUUGACCAGUUCGGCAAAACCAAAGUCCACGUGGCGGCUUGUCCUUACUUCGGUCAUCAGCAACCUCCGUCUCCUUGCACUUGUCCUCUCAAGCAAGCUUGGGGAUCUCUCGAUGCUCUGAUCGGACGGUUGAGAGCUGCCUACGAGGAGAACGGUGGACGGCCCGAUUCAAACCCGUUCGCCGCACGUGCGGUCAGGAUUUACUUGAGGGAAGUCAGAGAAAGUCAAGCUAAGGCCCGUGGGAUUCCUUAUGAGAAAAAGAAACGGAAACGGCCUCCGACUGUUACCACCGCUAGAGUUGACGUCGCUCCGUCGAGACAAAGUGAAGGAGACGGUUGUAACGCCGGUGCUCCGUCUGUCGCUGAGACCGUACCUCCUUAG